AUGCUGGGGAAACACAAAGAUGUACCAGUUUGUCAGUUCACGGCCGUGCAGCCGACUAUCGAGAACGUGAUACCAUACACACAAUAUCAGCAAACGCAACCGCGGCUGAAGGGCUACUACACCUUUGAGCAAAGCGAGCUUCCCGUGCUUUACGGCGGUGGACGCCAGUUUCUGCUCGGGAGACUGGCUGAUCUGGGUGAAGUUUCCAGCGUGUCAAACAUGGAAUUGGUGGAUCUUUUCGUGUUGGGCGCUCACAUGGUCAUAUGGAUUCGCGCGCUGGACAGAGGCCUCCAGAUUCCGUACCAACGCAUAGUAUACCACGGUGUGCGGAAUAUUCCGGAUCCCGAGCAGCAGAAUGCAGGCCAUGCGCUCGAAAUCCUGCUGAACGUCGAGAAGGACGACACUUUAGCGCAGUUGUUCCCAGGCCCAGACCACGCGGCCGCAGGAAAUGAUCCGCUCACGGCGCUCGAAUACACGAUGUCGACCGUGGAGCUGGUUUUGCGGCCGCGGUACGCGGAUUUCGAAAGACACUACAACGAAGAGGUGGAAAGCCUUUUCAAUUUUAAGGAUUUCGGCCUGAACCGGGGCGACACGCUGGUUCGGAACUGCAACAGCGCGAUUGCGACCUGCAUGGAGUUCUACAGCAUGGAAGACGACAGCGACGACGAACAAACACAAAGCGAACAGGAGUUUACGGGUCUGGGUGAGUUGGUGCACGAAAACGGGUGGGACGCAGGCAUGGCGAUGGAGUUCUACGGUAACGAACAGGUCAUUGGCCGCAAACAGCCGUUUUCGUCUGAAUUGAAUUCCGAGGCAUCCCGGAAAACUAGGCGGUAG